AUGGUUGUUUCUGAGAUUGUAUCCCUCAUCGGUUCUAAGGAUCGAGAAGUUCUCUCGAGAUGGGGUCAGUCCAUCGUGGAGAUUCGACGAGAAGAAGAGGGAGAGGACGGACGAAGACUGGUCAUAGGAGGGUCAGGCAUCUUGGUAUUGACCUUCAAGAGGCUCUGUGUGCUCACCAAUGCACAUGUGAUUCCCGACAUGCAGAGCGCGAGAGGAUCAUCUGUGAGUUUCUCUCUGCUCAUAUCGGACGCUCCCAACACCAUUCAACUUAGACCAGAGCUCUUCUUCCUCUCCAGCCCACCUCCUCGACCUUCCUCCUGUUCAUGUGGUGAAGAUUCAUGCUCUUGUCGCCAGUCCGGGAAAUGCUCGCUCGGCAGUCUGGAUUACUCACUGAUAGCGGCUGAGGGCGAAGGCCUCGCCUUCCGCCAGCCUCUUCUCAUUCCCAGGGGAUGGACCUGCAUACCCAAGGACCAUCGCAUCCUGCUGCUCCAUCGCACUCAACGAGGAGGUUUGAGAUGUGCGCAUGAGGAGCUUGUUGAUCAUGACCAGUACAACCUCCUUACUGUCGCUGCAACUCCUUCUGGUUCUUCUGGGUCUCCCAUCUUCUCGUCAUUGGGCGAACUGAUCGGGAUCCAUCGGGCAGGAGGACCAGAGAGGCUGUUGGGCGAGUGGGAGCUAUUAAGAAAUUUGAGCUUUGUAGACAACCGCGGCCCUUGCUACGGCGUUCCAAUCGGACCAGUGGCGAAAGAUAUGGAAGAAAAGUUUGUGGUUUCUGAAAUGGUUAGAAUGAUGCUGGAUGAUGCCCUCAAGUUCUGCAUAACAGAGGAGGAGAUUGUGGUGCAGGAGCAGGAGCAGGAGCAGGAGCAGGAGCAGGAGCAGGAGCAGGAGCAGGAACAGGGGCAGGCGCAGGAGCAAGAGCAGGAGCAGGAGCAGGAGCAGGAGAAAGAUCAGCAGGAGCAUGAGCAGGAGCAGGAGAAGGAACAGGAACAGAAUAGCUUGGACAAGGAAAUGCUUGGGAAGCAAAGAGGAGAAGAUGAAUACCAACGUGAAGAGUCAGGGGAUGUAGUUAAAACCAUGCAAGAACACUGUUUGAAGAAUGAGUUGAGCUGCCAAGAAUUUGAUCUAGUCGAAUGCUGUGAUGAACCUUCCUCAAUGUGCAAAGCACACAUGACCGAGCCAUCGGAACGAGAGGUGCAGGCGGAAGAAAUUGAAAGAGGGGGAGGGCAGACCCGGGAGACAUUGCUUCUUAGACAAGAAAGUGUCCAACAGAAUGAUAGGUGUAUGAUUGCUGGAGAGGAAAGUUUAUUGGAAAGGGGAGAGAACGAUGUACGAGAGAACGACGUGGCAGUCUUCGAGGCCGGCAAAAUUUGCAGGUCUGGCGUCAAUAUCAAGGGAAUGAUGCGACAGGUCGAUGAUGAAAAGGACAAAGAUGAACCUGAGAGUCAAGAGACUGUUGAACAAACUCUCAACCAUCCAGAUGUUGAAAGUUCUCGUCACCUGUACACAAAUGGUGUUCUCACGAUCAAGCGAUUGGGUCUCGCUCUUCGAUUCCAAACCAACGGAUAUCUUAUGGUCUUGUGCGAGGAAGAAGGAAUUUUCUCACAGACACUUGAGCAUGGCGAUGAGAUCCAAGAGGUCAAUUCGAUUACUGUGGUCGGGAGGAGUCUCACUGAGGUGGUUGACCUUUUCCACGAGUGUAUUGUCUGCGUGUUGCUCAGGCGAUGUGGCUCCUCAAGUCGUCAACCUGGAGAAUCCAAGGAGGAAGUGCAUCUGAUUGAAAUCGCCUCUCCAUUUACUCUGACUGACACGCGGGAUAUUUGCCGCCGCAGACUGAUCUCCUUCUACAAGAUCUUCAAUCCACAAAAGCUUCGAUACGUCAAUGACAUUUUGGAUCAGACAGGAUUGAAUGUCGUCAACUUGAACGCUUCCUUGCUAUCCAAGUAUAAUGCAGACCUUGACAGUGAUUUCUGCACGAUUUCGUCGCAGAAGAAUGCCUUGAAAUCUGCUUUCCAUGGGUUUGAUCAUGAAGCCUUUCGUGCUGACCUGGUCAAUAUACUCGGAGCACUUUUCCUGGUCGACACCCCGCGAUUAGCGAGGACGGAUAGAUGA